CGGAAGUUGUAUCAGCUGCCAUGUUUGGUUGCUUUGUUGUAAGCUUCUACUAGGUUUCCUACAGAAUUACUAAGUGUGGAAAUGGAGGCAAGCUGGAGUACGUUUCUUUUCCAACAGGCUAAUGAAGCCCUCCACCACCAGCACCAGGUGGCUCAGAACAGCCUGCUGCCCCUUCUUAAUGCAGGAAGUGAACCAAUUGACCAAAAGCCUGUGCUUCCCAUCCAAAUCGACCAGAAGAACCCUUCCAUUGCUCUCGAUCUCCUUAAAGACAAUGUGGCCAGCGGAGGAGGUGGACGGCCACCCAUGCCUGUGAUCAAGAAGGAGCACAAAGGCAAAACACCAUUUGUUUGUGGCUACUGUAACAAAGCCUUCCGCGACAGCUACCACCUACGGCGCCAUGAGUCCAGCCACACAGGUAUCAAAAUGGUGUCGCGGCCAAAGAAGACUGCGCAGACGGCCCCGACCAUGGUGCCAAUGAUCUCCACGAUGCAGCGAGAGAACAACGGAAAUGUUUCUUACAUCUCCACGGCGGCGGGCAUCCUUUCCACAGCUACCACGUCCGUCUCUUCGGGAGCGAGCAUCAUGACUUCGGCAAUGGGCAACAUUCCGCACCACCAGCAGACUGUCCCGAAGAAACCUGCCAAACCUGUCAAGAAAAACCAUGGCUGUGAGAUGUGUGGCAAGGCCUUCCGUGAUGUUUACCAUUUGAAUCGCCACAAGCUGUCCCAUUCGGACGAAAAGCCCUUCGAGUGCCCCAUUUGCCACCAGCGGUUUAAAAGGAAGGACCGAAUGACCUACCAUGUUCGGUCUCAUGAUGGUGGAGUCCAUAAGCCCUAUGUGUGUUCCGUCUGUGGGAAAGGUUUUUCCAGGCCCGACCACUUGAGUUGUCACGUGAAGCAUGUUCAUUCUUCCGAACGACCGUUUAAAUGUCAAGUGACGGCGUGUACCUCUGCUUUUGCCACCAAAGACCGCCUGCGUUCUCACAUGAUCAGACACGAGGGAAAGGUGACCUGCAGCAUCUGUGGGAAGAUGUUGAGCGCAGCCUACAUCACCAGCCACCUGAAGACACACGGCCAAGCCAACUUCAACUCCUGUAACAAAGAAGAGGUCUGCAACUCUGCCUCAGCUACACCCGUGACGGUUUCAGCUCCCAACACUACGGCGAUGAAUCGGGGCAACGCCAACAACAACAACAACGCCGUCACCAUAGCGGCGCAAAUGAACAUUAGUACCAAUACGGUCAACAUCACGUCGCCGGUCAGCCUUCAGCACCCGCUCACCAUCACCGGGCCCGUCAACAUCGCUUCUGUCAACAUCCCCGCCACCGCGUCCAUGAAUAUUGCCCACCCAGUCGCAAUAACCACACCCAUGCCAAUGAAUAUCGCCGGCCCGCUUAACAUUGCCAUGAGGCCAGUGGAUAGCAUGCCUUUCUUGUCCCAAGUCUUGCCAUCUUCCCCACCCUGGUAAAUAAAAUAAACAAACAAAAAAAGGCAAAGGAGAAGAGCAUUGAACUGGCCACAGCGAAAGGGAAAAUCAAGUUAAACAAGAUUCACAAUCUCACAAUUUGCUCCUCAGGCCAGGGUCUAUUUGUUCUUUUUCCCCACCCUAAAACUUUUCUUCUGUCAUGCCUCCAAGCAGGUGCUGCAUUGACUGCUGUCUCAGAUGCAUCAUGACUCAUGCGACAAGAGUGAUAGGAGAUGUGCAACAGUUGAGUCGAAUCAAAGUAGGACCGUCCUUGAAAUAAGGACAAGUUUAGGACUUAGCUAAGUCAGUUAGACUGACAAACUGAUUUGUACUGUAUCAGCGUGUCAGGCGAUUCCUUGCACGUGAUGACGGACUGUCUUGGAAGAUGAACCAGAGUUGUUUUUGGAGGGUGAAGAUGGAAGUUACCGUUGCAGAGGAGUAAUGGACCGACUUUUCUCCAUAGCCUUUGAUUGAUGCUGUGUACGCUAAAGAAAGUCUGGUUAUCCACAUUUAAUGUAGGAAAUAAGCAUAGUAAAAAAGGGGGAUAGCAGCUUCCAAGUGCAUGGAAGAAUAUUUUUUCACCCUGAUACAGCUUUUCCAUUUUUUUUUCAGAUAGUAGUUACUACGCUCUUCAGGUACAGAUGUGAAUUUGACAUAGUGUGCAUUUAAAGUUUUUACGUGUCUUUUCAAGAGGAUACCUCAAACAGUGUCCGCUUGAUGAUGAAAUGUUUGUAAUGUUAUAUUUUUAUGGAAUCAUGAAGACUUGUGUUAAUAUGUUCUAACAUGUUUUACCCCCCCGCCCCCCAUCCCCCCAAUGAGUCGUAGUGGAGUGAGUCUUGCACUGAACGCACGUCCAACACAGUUGAAGAGCAGCAGCAGUAUUAACAUGAAAGGUCAAGCCAAUCUGUGUCUAGCCUCAUAGUGGUUAAAACUGGAAAGGCACGGGGUUAUCGUGAAGCAUUUCAAGCUGUUUUUGUCAUAAAAAUGUAUCUGAUGUGAUGUCUGAAUCCUCUAUCAACCUCCCCGCAUCACCACCGUUUAUCUCCUACUGCCCCAAAAAGACUCACUCAGGAAACACACCUUUUGAAAGAACAUGGACUUCACAUAUUCAUUCUGGACUUCUAUGUGUUUGUUGUUUGUGUUAAUUGUAUUUGGUUUGGAAAAUCUUUUGGUACCUUAGGAAAUUUUUCACAGAACAAAAAAAAAAAAGGUCAUUUGAAUGAUCACCAGUAAGGAACAUCUCCACAGCCUUCCAGGACAAAUGUUAUUUUUGGGGCGCAGCUGACAUGUUUUUUUUUCUUUUAUUUUUGUUUUUUGGCUGGGGGGGGGGCAGGUUGCUUUAUUUUGAUUGUUUUUAAUUGAGUUGUUGUUUUCACUGUAAUAUCAUACCGGUUGCGCUCAAAUCAUUUACAGUAUAUUAAUUCCAAGGGUCAUUAUGUAAAAGUGAGUCUGAUUGCCAAGUAAAUAUUACAGUACCUACAAUACUCCAAAAUUUAUUUUCAAGUGAGCUUAUUCUUUUGUGAGUCAGGAUUUCAUCUUGAUCUGAAUGUUAAAUGUUUAUUUUUUAACUUUUAUUUCGGGAGGGGGGGGGGUGUUAAACUCCCUUUGUCGAAAUAGUUGAGUGAAUGUCGGAUGUCUUUGGUUGCCUACAAACCUCCCUACUUCAAUCACGGCAAAAAAUAGUAUUUUAAAAGCAUAACCGUUUACUGACUUGCUGUCCAAUGGCAUAUCUACUGUACAUCUUGUUUUAUUUUUUUAAACAAACAGCAGACUCGGUCUGUUCUUCCCACUGAGGACUGACAGGCGAUUUUUUUUAAACGAAGGUAAUGAAAAUAUUUGGACGAGACUGAAAUUGCAUGACCCUGAACACUAUAACUAUGUUGAACUUUACAUAUUUCUUUAAUGAAUGCAUUGUUGUCUGACAGUGUUGCAACUCCUGAAGACUUUCAGUUGAUGCUGAAAAAAAAUGCAUUAUGCAUGAUUGUUGUUGUUCAGUUGUUGUUUUUGUUUGUUUUUUAAACUAAAUGUUAUUUUCCUAAUGUAGGCCUACGUAUUGCGUAGAUACACUAUAAUCGACUGUUUGCCAAAUUUGAUACAGCGAUGAUGUGAUGAACUGAACAUUUGUUGUUGUUGAAUUGAACAUCUCUUUAUUUUUUACGACAAAUAUGAAUUGGAAAUUCCAUGAGCCUGGUGAAAGCAGUUGAAUGUAUAUCUUUGUACAAAACUAUUUUAGGUCUGCGGAUAUGUUAGUAAAGAUAGAUGUGAAAGAUAAAAUAACCCUUUUUUAAAAAAAUAAAACUUUUGUAUUAGAAUAUUAACAAUGGUAAUUUUGUAUAUAGAGUACAAGAAAGUAGGCUUUACAAUUAGAUCAAACAUUCCUGCAUUUUUUUUCAUGUAUGUUUGUCAAAUAAUUACAUGAACAUGCACAAUGUUAUGUGCCUUUUAUUUGGGUUGUCUGAAUAAAAGAAAACAAUUUCAUAUUUGGUCUUGAUCAAAUGAUAUUCGCCAUCAAUCAUUGCAGAAUACAGGAUCGUUUCACUUUAUUUCAGCCUCUAACUUUUCAUCCCCUACAAACUCCAAUCUAAAAUCAGUAGUAGCCUCUUUCGUUUGCCUUUGUUUUCUCAGAUUGCACUCAUUCCGUGCUGAACUGACCCAAGUUUGAUCGUGGCCGAAUGGAGCAGCCACGAGCAUUUAUACAUUUAGAAUCGUCUAUAGUUGUCCGGCAGAUGGCGCUCAGUAACCAUCUUCACAUGCGUUCACCGCCUGCAUUGAAUCAAUCGGUUGGUGCCUUCGAUGUUUACAGCUUCACCCUGGAGAACCCACGGGGUCAAAUUUGGCCCCUGUAAAUUCUGCUACUCAAAUGCUACCCUUAAAUCCCAGAGUGUCAGAUUUGGCCCUAAUCCUAAAUUAGAAUUAAAACAUUGAAUAUUUGGGAAAAAAAUAUAUAUUCUGGUGUUCAGUGAACAUAUAGCAGUCAUUUAAUGUAUAAUUCAUCAUUUUCCAAAGAAGAAAAAUGGUUCUUUGGUUCUCCAGGGUUUUUAAGAUGAAGAUCAUUCGCACUGUGACAUUGGCCGCCCCUUUUCAUUCUCAUUGAGUGAUUUAGAGCAACUCGAAUCAAUUUGAAGCGAGGCCUCCAAGCUCACGUUUACACAACUGGUCAAAGUAGUCGGUCGUCAUUUUUAUUUAUGAUGUGUUAAAAAAAAAAAAAGCUCUUAUAUUCUCACGACUAUUCAACCAAGCGACCCCAAUGAAUGGACGCCUGUUUACACUCCUGUCCGGACCUGGAUGGUUCAGCGAACCAUUUGUUUGCUUGGCACUUCUCGUGGACCUCAUUGAAUAUUUCAUUGGAGUUUUUAUGGCCCGAGAAUGGUGAAGCAUGGCUGAACUGCUGGACUGGCACUCAGCUUGUUGGGGCAUGUAUUGAAUAGUUCUACACGAUUAAACUGACUGAGGAAGAAGAGGCUAUGCAAAUAACACCUGCUUUUGUGGGAAUAAAAAGUAAUUAGCAUAUGGGUUGAGGUGGCAUAAUGAAGAGCCCAUUAGUCCUGCAGGACUACAGAGUGAGGCACACUUAGUACUACACAUCAUUAAACUGAGUUGCGCAAAGCAUAACGCGGCGGUUGAACACAUGCAUGUGUGGCAUGUAUCACUUUACUGGGCUUUGGUGCGUGUGAGAGCGUGUUGCCUGAUUUGCAUCGAAACAAGCACAAAUAAUUGCUUUUAUGGUAUCCAAAAAAAAAAAAAGACAGAAGCCAUGUUUUUCCAUUUGCUUCAAAAGCGAAACCUUUGUUAAUUGUUUUAGGUCCACUGGCUAGCAGCCAUCAUUGGCUGGCAUCAGUUUAGGGAGCAAAAUAUUUGUUAGGAAGGAUCAGGUUGGCUCGUUUACAAGGCAGAUUUACCAGCUGUGAGUUUACCAACGGAUGUGGACCGGUAUCCUUUUCCAGUUGUUGCUUCACUGGCUACUAUUUAGGAUAUAGUUGAAAGCAUGUGUAAAUAAGCAGCUCCAUUUCCAUAUUUGAAGUCAUAAAUAGUUGAUUUGGUGGGGGGGGUUGUUUUGUUUCGUUCUGGGAUGGUGAAACCGCUGUGGUAAAUUUACAUUUGACGGUGGUAAAGAGACAUUGGGCCAUGAAUAAAAACACCAUCAGAAGCUAAAAAGAGCCAAGCCAAUCAUUCUAUGUGCUCUAGAUUUAUAUCCAUCCAUCCGUUUUCUGUCACACACACACACACACGUGGGAGUGAGCUGGAAUGGAGCUCAGUUUAAAAAGAUCAAAGUUGAACUCGACUCCAAUCGGCAGAAGCCGUAUAGAGACGGAAGGGGUGCAUGGAUGGAUCAUUUCAGUUUUUUUUCCACCGACAAUGGCCUAUAUUACCCCAUACGGCUGUCUCCUGGCUGGUCCAUCAAUAUUGUCAACCACUGAGUAGUUGAUCCAGGGUUGCCAUGGCAACCCGAGCCGUUCUAUUAAUUUCGAGCGAAGCGGUACCAUUCCGAUCAUUUUUUUUCACACAAUUAUUGUCAGGUAGAAUCGGAAUUUAUUUGUGCCUUUUAGCAAGAUUCCGGCUUCCCCUGGUGGAUGAUGCCAAUAUGCCAGCGUUAUUAAAUCAUCUCGUCACAAUCAGCCGGCAAUGCUGAAUGCUGAUGGGGCCUCGUCAUCAGCGUUGCACACGACUUCAGAGUCACGCUCGGCUGCUUUUAUUAAUCCCUUUAGCCACUAUCAAAAUAGCGCCGGCAAAGAAGCCGUAAUGAUUUUAACUGUUUUUAUAUGCAAGACAAUUAGAACGCAAUUAGUUGAUUGAGGCGAUAACGUCGGCUAAUCACAGCUGAAAGGGCUGCUCCUUUCUUUGCUCGUGAUUUCCACCAACUUGUCAGCAGCCACUCUCACGCUAGCCUGAUUAGCUGAGCGGCGCCAUGAUCGCAUUCUGGGAUGGUUUAUGAUCUCGCCGUGCGCUUAUAUCUAAUCGCUUGUGUGUGUGUGUGUGUGUGUGCGUGUGUGUGUGUAAGUAUUUUAGCAUCAUAUAUGUAUGAGAUAGUCUCAAUGUAACAUGCUUGAUUUGAGAGAGUGUACUUUCUCCAACAUAAUAAUAAUCAUAUAGUACUCAAAUAAUGUUAAUAAAUGCAGCAUGUUCCCAAAAAAUCGACACUAUUUUCUAGUCUAGUAGCAUUGUCGAUUCUCAAGAUAUGCAAAAAUUAAGUGUAUUGUAAAACUUGUAGGUAUUUCAAAAAGAGGUGAUUAAAGUUUGUCUUCUGCCGAGUUGUCGGCAAAUGAGGAAUGACUAUUUUAGUACUUUCCUGUGGUGGAUAUUCCGCCGUAGUUUCUUCAAAGCUCCUGUAGCUCAAGGUAACAGGUCAGUGUGAGGCCGCGGCUGUGUGCCGGCAGUCGAUUGAGUCCGCCGACGAGGGCUCGGCAAAUAAUUGACACCUUGAUUUCUUAAAAGUCAGAUUAGUGGUUCAAAAUGGGGGCCAGAGACGGGGGGGUUCACAGAUUGUUUGACUACAUUUUACUUCACCACUGUCAGAUUUAUACUGCCUUUUCUUAACAAAUGUGACUAAAAGUUCUUUCUUUGAAAAUUAAACGUUAGUUUAAUGUUUCACGUUUUCUUUCUUUUAAGGUGAAGAAUGACAUAUAAUAGCAACAAUGUUAUGGGUUUUUAUGGUGUUAAAAUAUGUGAACAAAGUCACACACGGUUUAAAAAAAACACACACACAAAUUUAAUUAAAUACAUUCAAUUAAACACAAAACAAAACUGGAUAGCAGAAAAUCCAUGAGGGCAACAAAGAGUAAAAUGUGUCAAGUGUUAAAAUCGAUUCAAAGAUCUAAAUCUGUUUGCAAAUGUUGUUCAUCAAUAAAUCUGAUGUUUUUAACAUGAAGCCAAUUUUUGAAGAAACAUUGUUGUCACUGAGUUACUCGGAUAUGAAACCAUGUCCAUUUUUGGGAACAAACUGUGAAUCCUGUACAUGACAACAUUUAGCUGCUAAGCUAGCUUGCGGAGUGUCAAUUGAACAUCAAAUGAAAAAGUUGAUAUGACUCACUUUUUUCCUUGAAAUGCAUACUGACAACAGCACUAACUGUACACUUUUAGGGCCCCUUGAUUGCGACAGCUUUUACAAAUGGAUACCAUUGAACAGGUGGCCUGCUUGCCAUCUCAUCAGAGCAGAGUUUGUCUGGCGGCCCAGGAAAGACGGGACGAAGUUUCUAAUUGGCUUUGUGUGCAGGUGGCGCUACUGAGGCACAGCGGACAGGCUAAAAGAGCCAGCAAGUGGUAACCAUAUGAAGAAGAAAAGAAACUGUUGAGUCAUCUCAGAAAAAAAAGAACAACUGCUGUACUAUAUUCCAAACCUCCUAUAACGUCAGCGCCCUGGUUUGGUUUGAUGUUUCACGUCUCUUUCCGCCUCUUUUCUUUCCUGUGCGUCGGUUGCUCUGAUUUUAGCACCACACGAUGUUUGUGUCAUUUUGUUUGUUUUCUUUUUCUGCUUUUUAAACUGUGGUCGACAUGGCAGAAAAAAAAGAAGAAAUCAGCUUGUAAUGUCUUUGGUAGCUUGAAGGUGAAAUGAAGCAUUCAAGCUCAACCCACACACACACACACACAAAGACAGUCGCUGUGCAAGAUUCUUAGAUUUGAAAAAAAAAUCGGCAAAUCGGCUAUGAUGGUAUCAAAAUAAUAAAUCUGAGUAGCGCUUUUAUUUCUUGUGAUGUCUCAUUGAUAACCAUGAUGACCUAUUUUUAGGCAAUACAAAGAGGACUCCAAUAUUUUUAUGGUCCUUUUUUUAUAAGUGUUGUUUUUGUUGUUUAGAAAUAUAUAAAUAUUAAGUGUGUGUGAUUGUGUGUGUGUGUGUGUAUAUAUAUAUAUAUAUAUAUAUAUAUAUAUAUAUAUAUAUAUUAUACAUAUACAGUACAUACACACGCAUAUAUAUGCUAUAACAAAUUUCAUAUAAACAUUGUGAAAACUUGCGAAAAAGUAAUGUAGCUGUACAUAUUAUUCCAGUCACUGCAUAUAACCAACUCAGUGAAAGAAUAGCAUAUUUUUGUGAUGGUGUGUCAAAGAACAUGUUAUAGCGUGUGAAUAGAAGAAAAGGCUGUAAACACUCAUGAUUCUGAUGAUGAUGAUGAUGAUUAUUAUUGUUAUUGUUAUUAUUAUGAUACCUUACCCCCGCCCCGUCCCCCCCACUGGAAGACGGUAACCGCCCUUAGACCAACACACACUUGUUGCUCUGUAAAUAGUCAAAAGCUGAAUCGUUUUAUAGCGUCAAACCAGCAAAUUUAUGAAUGGUGUGUUCAGUCAGUCAAGAUUUAUGAAAUUUAAAAAAAAAGAGGAAAAAAAGAAAAAAUAACAACAAAAAAGAUCCGAAUUGGUAUCUUUUGUGAAGCUGUAAAGAUGAGGAGAAGAAGAAAAAAAAAGAUUUUAAUCCAAAGCACACUGUACUUUUAGAUUGCAUUUUGUGCAUUUAUGCGGACACUUUUAUACUCUUCUGGGUUUUCUCUUAUUGUUUGUAUCAUCCUGCUCCUUCCCAAAUUCUUUUGGGAACAAACAAUGUAUGGGCUCUGCGCAUGAGCUCGCUUGUGUUUUUGUUUUGUUUUUUGUUGUUGUUUGAAUUAGGAAAGGUUUUUUUGUUUUUUUAUACCAUACCUCAGCCUUGGGAAUUCUGUUGUGGAAUCAUGGGCAGGUUUAAUUUAUUCUCACGUAAAUGAAAACACUGAAUGAUUGAAAUAGAUCUAUUGAUUAAAAAAAAAACAGAGAGAAAAGAAAUCAUUGCACUGUGAGUAGUGAAGUACAGGCCAUUUCCUAUUUGCACAUGUUCAUGUUGGCUUUUUAAAAGGCGGCCCUGUGCUUUGGGAUUAGCGUGAAGGAUUUUUUUUUUUUUUUUUGAUUCGCCUGUUCUGAAAUAGACAAAACACCUUUGAAUUGUGAGGUGACUCAACAGCUUUGCUAAAUAGUAGUUGACAUGUUUGACCUUUGCUUUGCUUUUAUUGGACCCGUGACUCAUCUGAACGUAUUUAUUCUGGGUCUCACACUGAAUUACUCAUUCUCAAACCACAAACGUUUCGCUUGUAAUAAUAAUAAUAAUAAUAAUAAUGAUGAUACGCUCCCGGAGUGUCGUCAGCUAUUUCAAGGUCAUCCGGCGGAAUGGAUGGUGUGCAUUCUGCUGCAUAAUAAUUAUGUAUCGUUUAUUUUUUUUCCUGUUGUUUUUGUUGUUGCCGUUGUUGUUGUUCCUCCCACUUGCAAACAACCAGGUUAAGAAAUAUGCUGGAUACCUUUAAAGUCAAUGGUAUGGAAUGAUCAAGUAAUAAUUUAAAGGAGAGAAAAAAAAUACAACUUGUAAUGUUCACAUGUAAAAGAAAAUACAAAAAUGACCAAAAAAACCCAAGGACAAACAAACAAAAAAAAGAAGAAAAAAAAAGAAAGAUGCUUAUUUGCUGAUUUCUAGUUCAAUUUUGUUGUGGUUUCUAUAUGAAUAAUAAUUGUACUAUACUAUUAAAAUGUACUGUGCAUCCAUUACUUUUAUCUCUUUCCAUCCUCGGAAGAUCUUUUGUUACUCAUUCAUGUAUUUCAUGGGUGUGUAAAGAAAUAACUUGUAAACGCUGUGCUGUCUUUGCUCCCAGUCUAGUGCUUCAUUGUUGUUCUCCCCUCUGCUCCGCCUCUCCUUCCUUUUCCUCUUCCUCUUCCCUUCUCUGGCCUCCCCCCACCUCCCUUGAAGUACAAGUAGAUGUUUUGUAGAACUCACGAAUAUGAUAGAUGUAGUGACUGUAGUAGAUUUAGGACCAGUCAAGAUAGACACUAGACCUUUCUCUCAGCGACCAUGUUAGUCUCACAUCAUCACACUUGGACCUUUCAGUUCUUGUUUUUCCUUCCUCUUCUUCUACUCCUUCUUCUUCUGUUGACGUCACUUCUCUCGCGUGGUUUCAGCGAACCAAAGCUCUCGUAGAUGGACGAUAGAGGGAAACACUUGCUGGGAGGUGGAAGUGUACACAAAGGCAUUAUUUGGAUAUCCCACCCUUGAAUGUUUUUAAAGGGGUGUGCCAUACUACCUUAAAUGCUAACGCUCGAUAUGCAAAAUGUGUAUUCUUUGAUUUGCUUUUGCAAAGGGGCGCGCCGUCAUCGUUUCUCAAGCGCGAGUCCGUCGUUUCUAUCGAACCGCUGACUCUUUCAAGACCACUCUUAAAUAGUUAUGUUAGUCCAAGGGUGAUUUAUGCGGAGUUUAUAACUCCUUGAGAUGUAAUACAUUGGAAUAGAAUGGGUGGAAAAGAAAUUUGAACCCGGGCCCGAGAAUCCAAUCGCUUGAACCAGUCAUAUUCAAAACGGCAAGGGCUUCAAGUGGGAUACUUUCAUAUCGUGAUUCCUCAAAUAGUGACUGUGGGAGUGUUUGAGAUGAGGCUUCGCUCCUUGGCGCCUCUCUGGUAAUGGAGAUGGAAGUAAUUGUUGCCCACCCGCGUUUUGCGCCAUCGCAUACGAUCGAAGCUCAAGCGCUUUUUGCACUUGCGGCAAAGAAUGUAAGACCAUCCCACAUUUGCACAUUGUUUAGUUAUUUGUUUAACUGACACGUUUCUUUUUUAAACCGCCGUUUCUAAAUUUACCGUAGUUUGUCGAAAACCACAAUUGAAAUGAUACCAAAAGGAUGGUGUGAUGAACUUACCUCACUGUACUGUGACAAUUUUCUUCUUCGUUAACGUCAAUAAUGCUGUCCAAAAGCUAUGAUGUCGCGCUACAUACUCUUGUAGCUGUUUGGUAGCCUAUUCAUGUUCAACAAAUCAGGUUUUUGUGCGCCAGACCAAACAUUAGCAAUUGGUGGAAAGGCAGCUACAGUUAAGGUAAUUCUCCAUCAAAGUGUAAUUUUGGCUAGCCGGUCUAGUAGAGUGAUGGCCACUAUUUGAGGAAAUAGGAUAUUCAUAAAUUGCUCCCAUCGAGAUUGUUAUUCGACAAUUAAGUAUAAUAGAUCAACAAAUCACAGCAACUCGGACUGAAAGAGUGCUUGCCGAAUGGAAUUGAAGCUAUCACGAGCAUUCAUGUUUACGUUAAACAUGUGAAACAUUUCCACAAAAAAAAGAGAGAUUAUAAUCAAAAACAAAGACAUUUAACCUCUUUGUGCUGUUUAGCCUUCUAUCCAACAGGGUAAAAAAAAAAGUGUUCCUUCGCGUUAGUUUAACUGUAGUCUAUAUCGCCAAUAGCUUAGAAGAGAAAUAGCAUUAGCAUCAUUUUUAGAAUGAAGCCACCUGAACAGAACAAAAACUUGAACUUUCUUUGCCACCAAUGGCCUCCGUAGUGUAGUGAUGCAGUAGCUUGGACUUUAAGGUAGCAUGGCUAUGUGUGGCUCUCAUUUCAUUUGAUCGCAAACUGACAGCGCUUUGCAGCUGAUGAAUGUUACUCAUUUUAGUCGACGUAGCUUCUCCAUUCAGGGAGAGGGGAGGGGGACUUGGUUUAAGAAAAAAAAAUCUUUGGAAAAAAAAGCAAUUAAAAAAAAGUCCACCUGGAAGGUGUUGACAUUUAUGUACUACCGUAUCCAUUGAAACUUGAAUCUCGAGGCAAGUGCUAGGCAAUGGCCACACUUCACUUAGCUCGCCCACACGCUGACUUUUCUGUCAUCUUGUCCGCUAGACAAGCAGCGGCUCCGCAUCCACUCAAUUCCACUCUUGAAUGUUCUCCGUCAACGCCACCCCAGAAGAAGCUUAACAAAGCGGCGCUUUUCGAUAAGCUAUCUUGUUUGAAAAAGUGGGCUGUCACCGUGACCACAAAGUUAGUCUUCUUUAUUUUUAUUUGGAGGGGGGGGGGGGUUUGCACAUCUCAUCACACGCUCACCACAGAAGCUUUCAAGAUGGCAGAAAAGAAACGCGUUUAGAGUCAAUUUCCAGUUGAAAGCAUCACCACCUCCCAUGCAAUAGACAUAUGCGUGUGUCUUCAUUAAGUAGGAGUGUCUGACUAAUACUAGCCUGCAGACUCGUGCAUGUGUAGUAGGACUGUCCUGUCCCAUCACUAUUCCAUUGUUGGAGCCCAUCCCAGGUGCAUUGUGGGAGAUGUGUCUUGCAUCGCUCUCGGGCCAUUCCUAACACUUGCCCCCUCUUUUUUCAUUUUUUAUUCCGUUAACCGACUUUUUAUGGCGAGAGACGGACAGACAGACUCGACUGACCUGAUCUGAAAGCAUCUUUCAGGUUACCAUAUAGGCUUGCUAAAGCCCCGUGUAAAAUAUGUGGAAAAUAAUAAUGGAUGGAUGGGGGUCUCUCACAUAUCAAAUGUGGAAAGUCUAAUUUUAUAUUUGUAUUUUCAAAUAAUAAUAUUGACAAAAAAAUUGUCUGUGAAAGGUUUCCAUCCUCUACUGUGGUCCAGAAAUUGAUGUGUCUGUCUGGAAAAUAAAUACAAUAAACUGAAUUGUUAUAUGA